UUCGUCUCUGUUCAAUCUGGUGUAUGUACAUAUUGGCAACCAUGUUUGAGCCGGAUGCACAAGCGUCUAUAGUUGCCGGCCUGCGGUUUAACUAAAAUGUCUAACGCUUUUCACGUAGUGGUUCCGUUUGACUUGACCGUGUACAGGAACGGGAACGUAGAAGUGGAAUUAAAAAGAUUCGUUUGGCUAAAAGAUUCUGUCCGUGACACGCAAGAUACAUCGUUGUUCUUAUCUCGGGCAGUAUGUAUUCGUCAGUCACUUAGCGCUCGACACGAAAGUCUGAUGUUUAUCGAGCAUGAAAAAUAAAACUUUUGUACGUAUAUAAUAGUUACUUGAAACAAUCAAUGUGUGCAUGAUAAAAUAAGAAUUUGUCAAUGACAGAAACAGAUACGGUUGAUUCUCUUCAAGAAGAAUCAAAAAAGAAAACUGUUGACACAAUGUCACAGUCGGAGGAUGUUUAUGCUCCAGAGGAACCAACACCAGACAUUCCGAUAUCCUUGCUUGAUAUACAAAUGCCAGAAACACCAGAAAGUACAAAAGGUCAGACCAGUGAUGGAGAUAUGCCCAGGUUGGAAAGUCCCAGACUGCUUAAGCCUGUACUAGGGAAAGUGCAAGCCAAAAAGAGGUUGAUGGCAUUUGUCAAUAAGUUCAAUGUCCUACCGAAGGUUCCAAAUAAAGCUGCAUUACUUCAAGCACACUCUGCUAAAGUAUCCAAGACUAAAUCAGGAGAUGAGAAAUCUUUGCAAAAUGAUUCGAGCACAAGUUUAAACAUAGACUCAGACUCUGCACAACAUUUCCAUAGUCGUCAUUCUAGCGGUGGUAAAUCUAAGAAAAAAACAGAAGAAAAAAUAUUAGCUAUUGAAGAAAUUAGGAGAGAAGAGUCUAAAAGUAAAAUGCUAUUGGCAGAAGCUAUGGCUGCAGCUAGCUUAGAGGAUGAGAAUUUUGUCAGUAAGAAUAGUCAGAAUUUAUUAGAAAGUGUAAAAAGCAUAAGAGAAAGAAAUAAACAAGAUGACAAUGUGUCUCGUAAAAGUGGUUCAAAAAAGACGACAGAGAACAAAUAUUCUGAGAGGAGACGGUAUGGUAGAGAAGAACGAAAGAUAAACAGGGAAUCAAAAGAUUACAAUGGCGGUAGAGGACGACAUUACAAGGAUAGGGAUCAGCGUAGGAAAGAAAAAGAUAAGAAAGACGAUAAGAAUAAACGAGACGAUGCCAGUAGAUAUGAAGAAAAUCGGGAUAGAAGAGAAGACGAGAGAGAUCGAAAAGAUGACGAGAAAGAUAGAUGGGAGGAAGUGAGGGAGAAAAAAAUAACAAAAGAGAAACGAGAAAGCAUUAGAGAAAAGAGGAGCCUUUCGAGAGAGAGAAGUUCAGAAGUUAGAGAUAAGAGAGAGAAAGAGAGAGACAAGGACAAAGGAAAAGAAAGAGAUAUAAUGAGUUUGUCUUCAUGGUUGGAGCUGAAAAAGUGUGGUAUAACGAUAGAUGACAUUAUAGACAUCAGAAAGCGCGAUUACUCGGACCGUUCAACAAAGAAUAGAACAGCCGAGGACUACGUUCGUCAUUUUGACCAAAUGCUGCUGUUAAGUGACUGUCGUUUAAAACGAUAUGCUUUCACUGCUGAGGGACUGGACGGGCCUAAAGAGUACCCGCCCGAGUCAGUGAAAAUGACGAAAAGAGGAAGACCUCAAGUGCUUUAUGCAGAGAAUCCUCGCUUGUCACUCUUUCUAAGUCACGGACAGAUUCUACAGAUUGUCGCCAGCGACCGUCGCGAGAAAAUCCGGGAGAUAUGUGAAGCGGAUAUUGCACGAGACACUGCAGAGGUUACCAAGAAGCCUGCACGUGUUCGUAACUGGUAUCCAAAAACAGGCUUAUGCAAGGACAGCGAAAAUGUCAAAUGGCAGUUCCCUGUCAACGUGCAAUUGCCUAGGUCAAAAUGGGACAGCGAGGAUGAGGAUAGGUUGUCCAACGAUGCGGAGCCAGAAGAAGAAGAGAGUGAAGUGAAAUCAAACAACGUAGACCGAGGUCAGGAGAUACUUUCUUCGCGUUCCAAUGUACUGGAAGAGGAGGCUAGAAACGAUAAGAAAAGCAUCAACGAAAGCACUGAGCCUUCCAUCGCUAAGGAUGUUAACAGUGACAAUAGACAAUCAACGUCUCCGUUGCUACAGUCUGCGGGUGACGAAAAACUAGCGUCGGAAUAUGAGCAAUUUAUGAAGAUGGUUUGCACCGAAAUUCCAACGUCAGAGGAAUUCUCUCCCAAAAUGGUUUCAACAAAGUCCACUACGCCAUUGAGCUACCACGAUUUCAACAUAGAGACUAAUUUACCAGAAGACAAUAACUUCGCGUUUGUAGAACGCAAUGAGAACCCAGAAAAGAGUAAUGCAGGCAAAGAAGAAACGCUCAGUAGUAAGGAGAACCGUCAGAACAUUGAAGUACCAGAAGUUGAAGACGACCAAGUAUCUUCAACCAGUUCUCACAUUCAAGUACAGGAACGUGAAGCAGCGGAUGAGAAGAGCGAAUCUGAUGAUUCUAGAUCGAUUCCUAGCGAUUGGGAGAACGUUCGAAUCAAAGUAGAGUGUUUGAGCGAUGAGAAUUCAGAUUCAAGGGAAAUACGGAAGAAGAAACGUCGGAAGAAGAUGGCUUCCAGUAGCGAGUCAUCCAGCACGACCAGUUCGUCAGACUCCGAGGAAGAAGUGAAGAAAAGAAGGAGAAAACGGAAACUGUCGGACGAUUAUUCCAGUGCGUCAGAUUCCAAUAGCAGCAGUAGCAGUAGCAGCGAUUCAUCUAGUUCAGAUGACAAACGGAAGAAGAGGAGAAAGAAGAAGCGGAAGGCUGAAAAAAGAAAGAAGAAGGCGAAACGAAUAGCCAAGACGAAGAAGAAGCGGAAAAGAAAAGUCAGCGUUGACUCUAGCAACAGUGAUUCGUCCGAUCACCAGAAAAAAAAGAAAGCGGCGAGUAAGAAGAUCAAAGAGAAACGGCAACACGUCGAGAAAGAAAAUGGGAACGAAGAUAUAAUUAAAGCAGUAGAAAAUUCACCUUUGCAGCCUUCCUCGCCGAUGAAGAAAAUUAAGGAAGAAAGGAAAGUCGAGUCUAGAAAGAGGUCCGCAGAGAAACACGAUAUUUGGAACAAAGAACAGGAACUGAUGCGAAACGUUAUUUCCGAUGAUAGUAACAAAGCUCAUAAAGAUGAAGAGAAAAGGAAUAAAACCGAGGAACGAUAUUUAGAGGAAUGGGAAGUAGAUUCUGUGAUAAUGACGCAACAAAAGGGAGAGAGGCUCGCAAAGAGUGGCAUGGAGAAAAUUGAGAAUGUAGAGGAUGAUUUUCGAAAGGUAGAUAAGAAAGAUGAACGGAUCAAGAAGGAGGGAAGAGGCAAGAAGGAUGAACGCUUGAAAGAGGAGUGUUUGGGUAUUUGUAAAGAGAUUGUACAACCUGGUACCCAUAUCGAGGAAGAGAUUGACUCAAAAAAGAAAAAGAAGAGAGAUAAAGAAAAAAAAGGAAGCAAUGAAUUUUUAGCCGAUUGGGAGAAACUGGAGAAACAGAAAAAGGAAAAAUGGGGAGAAACUGAAUUUGAUACACUGAACGUACUGUCUUUGACCCAACUUGAGAGAGAGGUGAGCAAAAGACAGUUGUUGGCAGACGAAUGGGAAGUCGAUAGCUUGGAAGCUGUGCCGGAUAUACUGGUUAACAAGAAGAAGUCUGCACGCAGUUCGAAGAAAGUAGAAAAAGAGGUUCGCUAUGACAAGAAAACAGACACGUACAUUUCGGUAGAUAAAGAGACUUCUAGGGAAUGCAAGAAGAGACAGGACAGACUGUCGGCGAUGAGAAUCUGGGAAGAGGAGCAAGAAGAAGGCGAACGAGAAGCCAUGCUCAUGGAACAGAAAAAUAAACGGAAAAGGGAUGACUGGGACAUAGAGGAGGAUACCUAUUUGCGUGAGAAAGGGGAACGCAAGGAGGACAUAGAAGAAAAUAUAUCCACGAUUGAUAGCAUUCAGAAGGAUAUAGAUGCUACCGUCGGUGAUGUGGAUGUUUGUAUGAAACAAGAUACAAUCGCUGCUAAAAAAGGCAAAAAGAGUCGCUGGGAUAUAGCGUCGCAAGCUGAGGAGAAGAUAGAGCUCAAAGCUCCUGUUAUGUGGGAAGAGGAAUGUGCCGAAUGGACAAAGCUAAAUAAAUUUGACCGUAAAAGUGAUAAGCUAGAGCGUGGUGAUAUCACCUUACCUAAAGCCAAAAUAAAAGAUGAAGACGUUGAUCAACAGUCAAGGAAGUCUGCAUCGAAGGGCUCAGAUUUUAUUGAUUUAUUUUCGAGGAAGUCUCAGGAUGACCUACUGGAGACGUCUUGGACCUCGGAAGAGCACGCAAGAAGCAAAUCACGUCAGAAAAGCGCGGAAAGCAACUCUCAGAGAGAUGCAUUCUUCAACAAGGAACAGAUCCCUCUAACGAGUAUAAAGGAACCACAAACUGCCGAGAAAUUGAAAGAUGUGUUUGAAAUCGACGUAAAAUUAGCUACAAAAAAUGUAGAAUUGUACAGCCCAAGUUCUCCAGCACCGUCUCAAAAGUCUGAGGAUGUGGAACAGUUUGGGAAUGACAAUUCAAGUUCUUUAAAUCUCAGAGAAAAUUUGAACCAAGACAAGUUGAAGAGAGAAAGUUCUGUAAUUGACGAGGACUCUAUUCCGAAUAUACCUCUCCAACUUAAAUAUCGAGAAGGAAAGUAUUCGAAGUCUUCUAUGAUGAAGGAAGAAUUCGAUGAGAUUCUAGGAAUGCACAUAGACGAUCAAUCAUCGCAGAAGAUGUUCUUGGGAAAAGGCGCUGAGACAUCUCUCGCCGACCUCCCUAUCAACGAACCGUGUCCUGAUAUUAACAGCUACAAACCAAUGCGGAUGGAUAUAUUCGCUGAAUAUGAAUCUGACGAGUCACGUAGCAAGUUGAGUACCAAGAGCGCUGAGGCGGUGGCAUCCAAUAGUUCUAAAGGGGAGGAAUCUGCAGAGGGAAAAGCAGCUUUGAAGCUAAUCCCUAAACAGCUGCUUAUACGUCGCAACAACGAGCGUGUAAAGACAAAACUGAUCUCGGACGAUCCUAUACAACAUGCUGCUGCCCUCCUGACGAUCCAGAAGAAGCUUCGAGAAUCCCAUGCUGUGAGGAAUGACAUGCAGAAUGUGUCUUGCGAAGAUCCUGCUAGCGAAUUCAAAAUUGAAUCCGAGAAGAUGGCCACCAUAGAGGCGACAAUUGCUAAUAUUGUUUCUGUCGAGCAGACUGUCAAUACAGAUGUUAAAAUGGAUUCCAAAGAUUUAUCUGUGACAGAGAAAACAUUAAUUAUAACUACAUCAGAAUCAUCAGGAACCGUGAAGCUUGAUUUUAACCACAGCGAAGAGUACAAGUCUAACGAGAAAGAGAGCAGCAAAGAGGAGGAGCUGAAAAAAUCUAGGUUCAACGUUAAGGACAUCGGUGAUACCGAGACUCCGGUUAAAUCGCCUAGCAGAGAGCAAAGGAAGAGAAGUCCGAGUAAGAAGGAGAGCGAGAAACGAACCAGCGAUCGUAGUAAGGAAAAGAGGGAUAAGAAGUUUGAUGAUAGAGAGAGGAGUGAAAGAAGAGACAGUAGAAGUUCGAAGCAAGAUUACCCUGAGAAAAGGAGAUCCAGUCCAUCGAAUAUUCGCAGGAGACGGAGAAGCGUCAGUCCACGGACAUCUUGGGAAAGAGAGAGAAGUCGCAGCGAUAGCCACAGUCGUAGUUGGAGUAGAAGUAGAAGCAAGAGUCCAAAGAGGAAAGACGGAUCUUUCUCGAGUCGAGAUAAAAGAAGUAACAGACUCGACGAGGAAAGAUGUAGGUCUAAAACAGACGACAGGAGGGAAAGGUCCAACAGAACUCCUCCCAGGUCUAACACUGCCUCGUAUAAUAAAGAUCACUUCAAAAAGUAUGGUUCUUCCAAAGACCGAGAUGAUUGGAACAGAAGAAAGUAUGGCUCUAUGGAAAGAGACAGAGAUAAGGACGGAAGACCAUACGAUCCCAUGGAGGUUUUGAGAGAAAGGAACAUAGAUGUCGAUAGGAAUAGAGAAGGUAGAUUUCGAGGUGAUGAGACAGACAGAUCCUACUGGCCCUACGAAUCUGAAAAUAUCCUACGAGAUGGGAACGAAUCGUUGGAGUCCUAUCCCAAUGGUCAAGAUUUGGAUCUUGACUAUGAAGAAAAGAUCUAUUAUAGAGAUGACAGUAUUGAAAGGGAUAUCAUGGAAGGUCCUCUUCGAUCCGCAUCUAAGUUCACACCGCAAAGACGAAGCAAAUCUAGCUCGAGAAGGGAGAGACAAUGGGAGAAAGAUAGAGAGUCGGUAGAUUUAGAUAGACACGGUCACCCUAGGAGACCAGAAAAGCAGGUCUCGCUAAGAGGUCGUUCUCCUCGACCAAGACGUUCUUCGCCGAGGCUGUCCCACGACCGUUUCAGACGUGGAUCGAGAUCCCGGUCCAGAUCAUGGUCUAGAUCGAGAUCUAGAUCUAGAACACGGUCGCGUUCUCGAUCAACAUCGAGGUCCAGGUCAAUGCGAUCGAGAUCACGAUCAAGAUCCAGAUCAGGAUCACGAUCGCGGACCAGAUCCACUUCAGGGUCCAGACUAAGGAGCCCGGAUCAUGGUUUAAGGAUGGCAGAACGAUUGCGCUCGUCCAGAUCACCCUCUGUGGGACGAGGCAGAGUCGGCGAAAGCUCGAGGGAAAGGAAGGAUGAACACGAUAAUAGAAAGCUAGAUAACUGCGGCGAAAGGGGUAGACGCAUUGAAACGAUCGUUCAAUCUGUUUCCGGGCUGGCUAGAGACUCAGCCGUGUUAAACACGGAAAUGCACAUGGCUGACAAUAUGGAGACGGUCGCGGCUGGUUUCCAAUAUCCUAACGAGAACGAAGUUGGAAACGAGUACUAUUAUAGCGAGAAUAACUUGACCUAUCCUCCGUGCAUUGACGACUCAGCUACGAACUCGCCGAAACGUUUGUCCCUCGACGAUAGGUUGGAACUCGAACUAGGAAUUAAAAAGCAACAGGACAGUGCAGGAGUGGCCUCUGAUUAUCCUGAUAACUUUAAUUCUACUGUCUGCUAUCCAUCCUCACCUCAGCAGCAACAGCAGAUGCUCUACCGUCAACAACCUACGGUGUUACAAGUGGGCAACGUGUUGCAAGUCGUGCCAGCAGAUUUCAAUGGAGUCCCGACAACGCACAGAGAACCUACGAGUUCUUCAACGGCUCCGAUAGUGAGAGGUUCCAGUCAGGUAGUACGUGUAGGUAAUGUCCUGCAAGUAGUACCUAUGUCAUUAGAUUGGAGUGGCGGACAGCCCUCGUCGGUGGAGCAACCAGGAGGGAUAAUGUACUCCGCGGCAGUUCCACAGCCUUCUCCAGUUCCAUCAGCCUCUAUAUCCGUACCUGUUCCAGUUCCUGUACCCAUGCCCGUGCCUGUACCCUCUAUAAGUUCAUCCACGCCUGUGCCUGCACUGUCUCCGGUCGCAUUGCCACUUUCCGUUCCUGUACCGGUCCCCGGACCUGUUCCGCUGCCUGUGACACCAGCGACGUUCCCUAGAACCGAAGUACCAACGCCGAAAACACCAGUUCAACCGGUGUACAACUAUGAAGUGAUAUUAGAAACUCGACGCAAGGAAAGGGAGGAACGCAAGCGAUUGAGGGAGAUGAGAAGGAAGGAGAAAGAGCGUAGACGGAUAGAGAGAAUCAACCGACGCGCACUUCGGAUGUUAGAGAAGAGUACGCGUCAGACUGACAGCGGUCAAUUAAAGACUUCGAGUCUGGAUCCUGCAGUGUUGAAAGCUCUUCGUGAAACGGAUGAGCAAGUCGAAACGGAAGAACAACCUGUCGCUGUAACUUCUGAGAAAGAAGAAGAUGUAUCCGUUGCUGCAUUAUCUGCUUCAACAGAGGAGGAAGACGUGCCUGUUGAUGACGAUGAAGAGGAAGAAGAGGAGGAAGAACCCGAAGUGGAGGACGACGAGGAAGAUGAAGAGGACGCAGAAGAGGAUGAAGAAGAGGAUGAAGAAGACGAGGAAAAGUCGUCCUCAAAGAUGACUAAUCGACGCAGCGAAAUAGACGAUACUGUUGUACCGACGACUUCUGAAACGAGCAAAGUCCACAUUGAGACGGAUUCGAAAGAUUGGCCGGAAUUACCUCCACCUCCUCUUAAAGGAAUCUUAGUCGCUCCAGGUUUCAGGAGAUCUUUGGUACCUAAUGGUAAUCUAGAUGAUCUAUCCACCCCUGAAAAUGAGAGUGACGACAGUGCAGAGAGAGAAGGAGCGGACACAGACAAAACCAAUGAGUGUAGUAAAGAGGAGAUCGGUGAGAAUAAGUUGAGCAAGUCGAAGGCUCAAGUCAAAACCAAGUCAAAAUUGCUAAAGCUGAGCAUGAGGAAACAGAGGAGCAAGAAAUCAGUUCAAUUCGCGGACGGAAUCAAGCCAGGAGAGGGUACGAGUCCUAGUGGAGGUGAAGGGGACAUGCCAUCUCCUCCGCCUCCUACAGCUGCGAUCACUCGGGACGGGGUUCGCGAGGUACGAAGAUCUAGUUCCAGAAAGAGCAGGAAACAGGAGAAGAGGAGUCGACCACCCAAGGCCAAGAAAAAAGUGAAGGUGAAGAUUAUAAAACUGAAGAAGCCACGCGUCACGCCCUUAACGGCGAUGAUGAUGGACGACUCGGAUGAGUUGGAUGACCGCUCUCCGCCACCACCGCCAGCAGGUUCUCCACCACCGCCACAUCUGUGGCCCAGCUAUCUUUCAGCUUACAAUUCUAUCACUCGACCCAGCGAAGCUCAAUCUACAUCGUCUGCAGUUUCCAAUGCUGUUCAAGCUCCUCCACCACCCACGCCCUUGCCUCUUCUAAUUCCUCCACCUCCUCUAAAUUAUACGAUACAACCUUGUAGCAAAGCAUAGGACAGUACCGUUCAAUGAGCAUUAUGGGGCUGCUACUUACUUCGUUAAGUCAAGCCUCCCAUUCUAUCUUCUUUAAACGUCGGGUCACCAGGAUUAGCAGUUUCUGCAGCAUCGAAUAAUUGAGAUGUUUAUUUUGGUGACAUCACGAUUUAUGGAGAGGCGUUGAAUCCUAUAUAAAUGCAAUAGAGCGUAUAAAGGGUGAUACAAUCAUUCAAAGGGUCCCACGGAUGGACAGCGCUAACGUUAGAUGUUUUUUUACAAUCGUCCUCUGGUGCUAAUCCUCGGCUAGUGUAAUCUCAAAAGAAACUGCUUUAGGAUGUAGCGCGAAAACAUUGUUAACUUUUUGAAUCAUGAAAAUCGUUAUAAUUGAGUUUCCAAGUAUGGUUUACGAUGGGGAUUAGACUGAUGGACACUACACUAGCUGCGGGUUAAGUUUCAUGACUAUAAAUGGCCAUAUCACCAGAUGGAUUUAGAUUAAACUUAUUAAGCGAACAAUACAAACUCGUUUCUCUAUUGACAGGAAGGGAACGAAGCCUGUCGAUAAUUCUUGUCGUUACUAUAACUGUAUUCGAAGUAGCUUCCGAAAUAGGGAUUAGAAGAUAUUGAAAACACGGGGUAUAGUAUCAAUAAGAAUCAUUUCGAGAGUAUUGAGGUGGCCUUGAUAGAAAGGCGUCAUAAGACGAUUGUAUCCAAGCCCGAGACUUACGGGAAACGAUGUAUUAUUAGCGAUAAAGAUUCUCAUCAUUCUCGCUUCUUGUAAAUAGCUUUACUCUUCGUGUUCGUCGUCAUCGAGAGGCGAAGAGUUCGCGCGCGACAGAAUUGUCCAUUGCGUCCAGGUCUCGACGAAUUCACGUUACGUUUCAUAUAUUUUCGAUACGAAGAAAUUAACAAAGAUAGAGGGAGGGAGAAAGAGAGAAUCGUGUACAAUGAAAAUUGUAAGCUUAACACGAGGUGUAAUUUACAACGAGGGACUCGGAACUUUCAGACCGAUUGUUAAUAAUAGCGAUUACAUUGUUAAAAAUGUAACACGCAAGAGGCAGAUUUAUCAUUGUAUAUUUUACUUUUGUAGUUUUAUCACGGACUGUCUUCAUGUUAGACAUAGUUCAAAAAUGGGUCUUAAUGCAAUUAUCUUUCGUUUCUUUUUUUAUCGACAUGUUUAUCAAAUUUUCAUCCUUUUCGUUUAAUUGAAUCCACAAAUCAGUCUUAACACAAUUAUCUUUCUUUAUCGACACGUUCAUCGUACUUUAUUUUUUUUCUUUUCAUUUAAUCGAGUCUACAAAUCAGUCUGUACAUAUGUGGACAGAUAGACUAGUAUAAAAUUUCGUGUUAAUCGACGAGCAAGGCAAAAUAUUAAAACUGAGCUUAAUCAGUCUAGUUCUUUGGAAUUCUUAUAUUUCUUGUACAUAAUCUCGGCCGAUCAUUGUUUAGCGCGAUCUUUUCGUUUCAUUACGUGAAUGUCUUUCUGCUUUACGCAAGACGACACAUUUCCCGCCUUCGAUCAGAAAGACGUUUAACUGCCCGUUAAUUAUCUGAAUUCUCACGACUUUUUGAAAAGUGUCGAUUUGUAUUAAAAAUAAACACUAAUUCUUUUAAUAACA